AUGGCAAACAAAGAUUUAUAUCAAUUUAUUAAAUCCAUUUCUCAAGGUGAAAAUUCUCAAGGUGAAAAUUCUCAAGAUGAAAAUUCUCAAAGUGAAAAUUUUCAAGGUGAAAAUCUUCAAGAAUCUGUUCAAAAAAAUCUGCCGGACGACCACUUGCAGAAGUUUGGAAUUUCUUUAACAAAGGAAUGUGGAGCAUUUUGGGCACAUGCCAAAUCUGUAGAUUUAGAAGAACAUUUAGCUUUAGACUGUUUAGACGAGUGGACAGAUCCAAGUAGAAAAUCAUUAUGGAACUUUGUAAUUCAUACAUCUACUGGACGAGAAUAUCUCUGGAAAUUAGUUGACUUAUCUAAUCAGAGCCAUACUGGUGAAAUAUUACAAGAUUUAGCCAGAAUUGCAGGAUGUUUAUGGACUAGAAUGGUUGAUUCAAAAAUUAAAAAAGGUGAUUUAGAGAUAUUAAAAGCACAAUUACGUAAAUAUGCUUGCAAUGAAGAACCUUAUAAUAGAUCUUAUGUAUCAUCUGUCGAUAGUCUAACUCGAUGGUGGAAAACUACAAGUGAUGUUCAAGAUCAAGACUUGGAGAUAGAAAAUUUAAUAAUUUUAAAUGAUAUUGGGUCAAAUAAUAAUGAAGAUGAUAUUAAUGACGAUAAUAAUUUAGAUGAGGAAUUGAAUAGCAAUGAAAUUGAAGAAUUUGAUGAAAAUAAAUUCGGUGCAGAGUUUGAAUCAAUAGUAGGCGAGUCCGAAAUUGAUGAUCAAAACCUGUAA